AUGAGUGAUCAAUGUGAAUCACAUGUUCCAUUAGAUAUUAAUUCUAGUGGGUGUGAGGAAAACUUGAUCUCUCAUUCACCACAAGAAUGUAAGCUUGAAAUCGAUAGUUCUGAUGAAAAUGAUGUUUUUCCUGUGCCACAACCACAGCCAGGAAUGGUAUUUAGUUCAGAGGCUGAGGCGAGAUUGUAUUACACAAAAUAUGCCAACCAAGUAGGCUUCCGCGUCAUGACAAGAACAUCAAAAAAGGGACGUGAUGGCAAAGUUAAAUAUUUAAUACUUGUAUGUUCUGAAAUAACAAGACAUGCUUUUGCUGUGAAACAGUAUUGUGCAGCUAGGAUCAAUUUGACUUUACGUAAAGAUGGAACCUACCGAAUUAACGCUGUUACACUCGGUCAUAGUCAUGAAUUGGGUUCACAUCAUCUAAUCCCAAGUGAUAUUGACACAAGGGGUAAAAGGACAUUGGAUGAAAAAGUUAUUGACAUGGGUGUUGAGAGGAUAUCAGACCAAAAUGGUUGCAAAAACUACGUACAGAGAGAAAGACGUUUGAAAGGGGAGAAUGGAGAUGCUGAAGCCCUUCAGAAGUAUUUGGUGAGGAUGCAAGAACAAGAUAGAAAUUUCUUCUACGCGAUUGAAUUGGAUGAUUUCUUCAGUGUGAGGAAUGUUUGGGCUGAUGGAAGGAGUAGAGCUGCAUAUGAAUCGCUUGGUGAUGUGGUGACAGUUGAUACUUUCGUUUGGUGA